UAUCAGCCGUAUCUCUCUCUUGUGACUCCACUUCAUACACCAACAUAGCCUGGAGUUGAAUAAUAUAUCUGACUUGUACAAUGUUCCCUUUACAACAAUGCUAUGAGUUGUCUGACGAUGAGAUCUUCUCUUUUCUCCAGCAACAACAUAUAAAUCAACAAGAUCCGAGUCAUGCUUCAAUGGAGGGAAGUAAUCUUCCCAAGAAUACGGAAAAGAGCCCUAGAAAAAAGGAAUUAUUAGCUACUCCAGGCGACAAUGAUGGCAAUACCAGUGGUGGUGACAGGAAGAUCAUGCGUAGGGACAUGGAAAGGCAAAGGCGCCAAGAGAUGGCAAAUCUGAAUGCUUCUCUUCGAUCACUACUCCCCAUUGAAUAUAUAAAGAUUCUCUAUGGACAGGUUUUUGUGUUAAUGGGUUUGCAGGGAAAGCGUUCAAUAUCUGAUCACAUGCAUGAAGCUGUGAAUUACAUAAAUGACCUGCAGAUGAAGAUUCAAGAUUUAGGUAACAAGAGAGACGCGUUGAAAAGGCAGUGUAACAUGAGCGCUUCUCACUUGGAGAGUAGAAGCUCGGAGAUCUGUCCGCCUAACUGUGUUGUGGUCUCCCCAUGUUUGGGUGGUGUGGAGAUUCUGGUCAGUGGUGGAUUCAGAGAGGAAGGGUUACCAUCCAGAGUUAUGGAAUUACUGUUUGAAGAAGGACUUAGUGUUGUUAGUUGUGUUUCCACCAAAGUAAAUGAAGGGUUGCUUCACACCAUCAAUUGCAAGGUUGCUGAUCCCUCAUGUGUUGAUCUUUCUAUGCUGCAGCAGAAACUGUUGGAUGCUGUGAAUCCAUCUUUCUGAUUCCAAGUAAUAGUGUAUCUGUUACUACUGAUCUGAAGACUGAACUUUGUUUGUUGUUAUAUUCAUCUGGAAAAAAAAAAAAAAAAAAAGAGAAAAGAGAAAAUGAAGAACUUAGCUUUGCGUAUUAUAUGACCAAUUACUAUCAUAUAUAUAUAUAUGAUGUUUCGUCCUUGGCAGCUUUCCAUGAGAAAUUCCAAUGUAAUGUGAAGGAUAUCCUAGAAA